UGAAAGAAUAACCGUGGUCACAUCAUGGCCGCCAAUGUUUAAACUUCAGGGAAGCGAACCCUCUUUUCGGUUUUCGUCCUUCUCUUGAUUUAAAAUGGGAUCCUCAAAGAAGCACAAAGAAAAAGACAAGGAUAGAGACCGAGAAAAGAGGAGAGACAGGGAACGAAAACACCGUGAAAGAGACAGUAAUAAAGAUCGUGACAAAGACUCGGAUAAAGAAAGGAGGAGAAGGGAAGACAGAGCAAAAGAGAAGCGAAGUCAUCCAGCAGAGGACGAUGAAAGAGGAGAGAAGAAAAGGGCUAAAAGAGAAGAGUAUGAUGAUUUAUAUGAAUAUGCUGUGGAGGAAUCGACGCGGGACGAUCAUGGCAACGGUAUGGUUAAUUUGGACUGGAACUCGUGUUCAAUGUUUAAAAUGCUUUUGGUGAGAAAUAUCGAUCUGUGGCUAGUUACCAAGCUGUUCUUAAGUGUGUUUUCCAAUGUUCUUAUCAGAUAAUGACAUGUCGCGAAACCAUCAAGAAGGUGGAGAAAUAUCACUGAGUAUUGAAGAAACAAAGUAAGCCAUAAAAAAUACUGACGAAUGGGUACAUGUAGAGGUGUAAGGGAUGACUAUGGGGGAAAUGUAAACUAUUGCAAUAACAUAUUGUAUUGCAAUAGACCACAUGGAUAUUUCGAUAGUAUUGCGAUAGUGGAGGUGCUAUUGCAAUAGUAUUGCAAUAGUUUUCUGGAAUAUCUGUUUUUAAUUACUGCUUUAUACUUUAAGAAAUAACUUGGAAGGGGUGGUCAUAUAAUACAGGUACUACAUGUAUGCGGUUCAAGAAUCAAGGCGCUGAAAGCUAAAUUUGUGAUCCAGACCCCUGCUUCCAGACUUGAAUUAAAGUAAUUGAAGUGACCAAUCUGUUAAUAAUAAGGUGUCACCAUGCACCAAUCAGUAGGGAGCUGUAGUAACGACAAGGGUGACGGCAACAAGAACAUCAAAAAAGGAAUAGGUUUAAUCAGGAAAACAACAAAUCUACAUCUGCAGUGCAGGCUCAGUUGCUGUCAGUGCACACCUACAAUGUAACAUUCCGUUAGGUUUUCUCCCUAAGAAUUAAAUUCCAUUGAAAUUUUAUUUACAUGUAUGUCACAUUUCAAGUGAGUUACAGUAAAUUAAUGGUGACAAUGUUUGAAAACAUGCAAGUCCUUUUUAACAGUGACAUUUUCCUUGCCUGUUGCCAUUGUCAUUGCUAAAGCACCCUGUAGUAGAUCACAGAUUGGCAAAAGAGCUCAAAAUCUUCAAAAUUUUGUAAGAAAAACCUGGCUUGCCCCAUUUAGGGUUGGAGAAUAUUGAUAUUUUUUUUAUACAAAUGUAACCUCAUUUCUGUGAUCUAUAGAUUCUGAAGUGUUUAUGUACAGUUGAUUGUUCAAGUAUUUUGUCUUGUUUUGAACUGUAACCGAGUUAGAGGAGAACUAGAGGAGCCCAUAAUCCUAAUGUCCAGGUUGUUAUUACACAUGCAUCGCAUGUCUGUAGCCAGCAUUUGUUUAGAAUUCUACUAAACAUGAAUGGAAUGCACAAAAUGCAAUUUGGUCAUUGACAUUUUGACCUUUAACCCUUGUAAUCUGAUACCCAACUGUAUUUUGACCAAAGGUGAAAAUCACUUAAAAGUACAGUGUUGGAGCAAAAGCGUUUGACUGUAUUUGGACCUCUGAUCGCUGUCACCCACACUCCAUAACCUUUGGUUAUUACUAGUUCUAUAUAUUCUGGUUCUCUUAUGUUUUACUGUUACUGGGGCAUAGGUUGUCAAUUCUUUUAGUGAGACCUGUUGACAUUGUUACAGUAUUUAAUGGUUUGUUGUAUCAACGUGCCAAUGUACUGACCAAUUUAUGGUAAUACUUUUCAGUAAAUUAAGAAUCAAACUUGGACUUAAGCCACUUGAAAUCCCUGAUUCAUCAGCAGACACAGAAGGUAAAGUACAUCUCUGCACAAUCUAUGUUACAGGUCAAUUUUCAUUUCAGGUUAAAAUUCUUUCAACCCUUUAAGCCCAAAUAUCAACAUACCAAUUCUCCAAACUGAUCUCUAUACAUUUCCUUAAAGAAUGAGUUAAGAGAAUUUGAUAAAAGAUCAAAGCAUUUCCUCUUUAGUGAUCAUGUGAGUCACUGUCAACAACAACAGUCCUAUUCAGGACUACGUUCACCCAGACGAUCAAACUCAACCUACUUUUGAAAUGACUCCUGGGUUCAAACCUUUCACAGUCUCAUAACUUUAUCUCUUGACAAGGUAUGUACGUUGUGGUUCAAUUUUAUCCUUGGUUUAAUUUUUAUUUCCCUUUGUUUUGGGGUAUGGUAAUAUAUGAUAAUGAGUUUAAAACAAAGGGAAAUAAAAAUUAAACCAAGGAUAAAAUUAAACCACAACAUGUAAUUCAUUGGGAGAAAAUUGAUGUUGGUCACUAUUGGGGGCUUAAAGGGUUAACCUACAGUGUAGGUUGAUUGUCAAUGUCCUUUGUCGGCACAGACAUGAUCUAAUCCUGGCUAUUACUGUCUGCGAAGCAGCAAUAAGAUCCCUCAAACCUGAUUGGCAAAUUGACAAUGGCUUUUUGAACAGACCAAUCAUUGCACCUACUCAAAUCCUGGUACGCUGGCAAGGGUCCAGAACAAGGAUUUCAGUCCUGGUUUGCAGAUGGACUUAACCAGAGAUUUAGUUUCAUCUCUGGUGCAGGCCACUAGUAAGGACUAGCUACAGAUAGAAGGGAAUAGAAAUUGAGAAUCAACUUAAAACCCCUCUAGCCAAAGGUACAUUCAAAAGUCACCUCAAAACAAAUUUGACCUGUAACAAAAUACGCCAUCUUACAUCUUCAAUUAAUUCUGUCAAUUUUGUUGGAAGUAUAAAGUUAUUAACCGCUCGUGCGGAUCCACGUUCUUUCUACUGCAUGUGAUGUCAUCAGUUUCAAUUGUCAAGGACAACUUUGUCUGCUAACUUGUGCAGAGUGAAGAGAUCUUUCAAACCAGACCAGAAUGAGCACAAUUCAGUCAAGGACACCAGAGAAAAAGGCAAAAAAAAAAUGUAACAUUGACUUGAAAAUUUCCAUGAAAUCUUGUUCCACUACCCACCUACCAUUCCUUUCAUCUAAUCCUAAGAUCGUAAAAGCUUGCCCAAAAACUUUUCCCACCAAAAUGAAGCCUACUAAAUGCCCAACAAGAGAAAAAAAUGAGGCAAGAAAAGCAAAAAAAGAGGGGAGGAGAGAAAUUUUGCUUUCUGUACAUGCGCAAACUUCGCAAGCUAAUACUUUGCAUCUGGAUCAGAAGGCCGCCAAGUGUACGGCCUGUAAACAGCUUUGUGGUAAGUUUUAGCUUUUUAUGGCACAACAGUGACCAGAGAACCACUCAACUAGCUUCAAAACGUGUUUUUGGGCACAAUUCCAGGAGCAAAUGGGUUAAUAUAUCAAUUAGGUUAAAAAAUUAAAAGAAAAGUUAAAUUACAAGUUUCAGCUCUUUGCAAUCAUUAACAAAGAACUAGCAGCAAUUAAAAGCUGUAAAAUUACUGGGUAGCAAAAUGUUAAUGAGCUCUGUAAAUUUUGUAAGCCUAUGCUAAUGAGGCAAAAACUGUAAACAAGGAUUUGUCUAUUGGACCUCACCAUCAAAAUAACUUAAGCGUAGAACUUAUUCAUGUAGUUCGUCAUACAGAUGUACAUUGUACAGAAUGUAUGAUAUCCUGAAACCUUUAAAGUCAAUUUUUUCUUUCAAUCCUGCUCAGGCAAAACCACUUCAUCUAAAGAAGAUGUUCAUGUUCCUGCAGCCAACAUGUCUGACCAGAAAGAAGCUGAAAAUGUAAGUUUGUUGUUUUAGUUGUCAUAACUUUGCUUACAGUUGUACUAUAUGUACAUGUGCAUGAUAAAUUGUACAUAAAGGUAUGCUGCUUUAAUACGGAUUCCAGUAACUCUUGAGAUAAUAAUUAGCUCGGAGUUAGAAAAGAAAUGAUGGGAGUUUGAGACAGUUAGAGCGAUUUUUGUAUGACCUUGAAAAAUGGUUCCAGUAAGUGCUCAUUAUUUGUUUUAACAGCCAAUGGAUGAAAAGGUCAAAAAUGGCCUCUUCAUUUUCCCACCAAAGACAACCCUAAUAUGGUCUUGGAGAAGGCAUUGUUUGAUUGGCUAAUCAUGUUGCAGUAUGACGUCAAAGCGAAGUACUGGUUGAUUUCCAGCAAGUUCUCGGGCAUGAAGUUUUUUCAGCCGAGUGUUCCCUUAACCAACCAAAAGCCACCCGCAUUUGUAUCUGUUCGGUAAACCAAUCAAUUUGCUCUAUUUCCGUUCUUUUGUUGUUUCUGUAUUGUUCGCGCGUUUUCAUUUCAAGGUCAUAUGUAAAUCGCUCUAAUAGACCCCUUCAUGGUUGUUUUCAAAAUUUUGACUAGGACCAGUGAGCGAUAAACUGUUAACAUGGCUGGAAAGAAUGCCUUAAAAUCUUAAAAGCUGCCAGGUUUGAAAGUGAUUUUUUGGAAACUAACAAAGACAUAGCUCUGCAAAGUUAUGAAAAUUUACAGGUGGGGAGCCAGAUGUUGCCCCUACACGCACACCACCGCCACCACCAUACGUACUUGUAAAUGUCCACAAAAUUUUGCAAGUUUGUGGGGAAAAUAAUAUCUUUGGCACUUGCUUUGUGGAUGUACCACCUUUGGAUUACUGACUUACAUGUACAUGUACUAAUCAAAAGCUGAAGGAAAAAAUGUGGAAGGUCUAUUGUAGUACCUGUAAGUAUUAAUAUAAAAGUUAAGACCCAUCCAUGUAGGUACAUGUUCAAAUUUGAGUAAGGUAAAUUCUCUAAAACACAACUAAAUUCAUGAUUCUUUUUCUCCCUUUUCCUCCCAUUUUCUCCUGUUGAACCCAGACAUGGCUGAGAGAGUUUGCUUACAGGCUAUGUGUGUAUGACCACUGAUUCUCCAAGAUGAUUUUUGUGUGGAAUUGUUGAGAAGAACUGAUAAUUACGAGAAGGAUCAAAUUAUUGAUCUUUCCUGGAAAAGUCAUAGUUUAUAUACC